AUGUACAAACUUCACACCAAAAGGGUAAAUGCUGGGGCUUCCCUGAUGUGGAAUUCAAAUUUCUCCAAGAUCAGACAGUGAAAAAAAAAUGCUUACCAUACAUGUAAGAACCAGCACCCAAAUUCAACUAGAUAUCCAACUAUGAUUUCCUAUGAUUGUGAUCAAGAUGACGUAAACGCUGAUGAAGAAAUGAAUGUUAUAGUAAUGCUCCGAUAUAUUAAAACUGCCCAGAUUGAAAUCCUCAGGCAAGUGACUGACAUUGUGGGCCCAGUACCAAAAAUCCAGGAAAGGACUGACUUUUAUCAGAAGCAAAUGGAGGUACUGGAAACCAGAAUGAAUGUUAGUGAAGACAAACAGUGCACAGUAACUAAAGAUAUCUUCUCUCUGAAGGAAGACAUUGAUGCUUUAAAGAAAAAGGUGACAGAAUUGGAAAACCAGAAUUCUUGCUCCAAUGUACAUUGUUUAGAGGUUCUGGAUAGAGAAAAGGAGAUCAUAGAACUUCUCCACAAACUCAUACAACCAGAAACUUUGAAGAACACAUUGGCCUCUACAGACCUUGAAAUCUCAGCAGAACCAGAGAAGGUGCCCAGUUAUCCCAAGCCCACUGAUCAUCUUGAGGAAAAAACAAUUUCUCCCCAAAUUAAAGCUCUGAAGAAAAGUAAUCAUUAAAAUGCCUUAAGAAGCUUUCAAAAAGCAAAGUCAAACAUUUGUAUUUACCCAGACUUUAAUACAUGGAUCAAGCUAACUUUUGUCCACGGAGGAAAGUGGAGAUUUUUCCUCAGUGCAACCAAGUUAGAGAAAUUCAUCCAGUGGCUUCUUUGUAGGCCAGCCAUCCCUCCUGAGGAACCACUAGUCAUAACCCAGAGAUAUUGUCCACUCACUGGGCCUAUUGUAAGCUUGACCACAAUCUGUCUCUCUGUUUUCAACUAUAUUUACUGUCUUUUUGGUUCCUCAAAAGAGGAAGUAAGUCAACUACAGACAUUUAAUGCUGUUUCUAAUAUUUCCAAAGAUGACCAAGGAAGCCGAAGAAUUGAACUUAUGAGUAAAGGAGGCCAGCAAUCUGCUCCCAUUUACUACACUGAGGUCCAAACAGAGAUUGAAAUCCUGAGCUCCUAG